UUUCUUAUAUAUUUCUCAAAAUUGCAGCCAAGAAAGUUUCCUUCCGCAGAGCAAAACUGGAUAUGUACUCGCUUCAAAAUUCGGAUUCAGAUUGAUAAUACGGUGUGUAAUGCACUAUCAUAGUGCAUUUGUCAAAGGUCGAAAGCAAGUGUUACGUUUCCACGAAGUCGUUUAAAAAUUAGUGCCGACGCGCCAAGUAAGCUUAAAUAAAUUACAUAAUAAGAUUGUCCUUAGUGGUGUCAAAGAGGUAUAAAAGCAGUUCCAAGUUUAAGAGCAGCGUAGUUUGGACACAGCGAACGCAACAUGAUUGUUGAAACGUUGAUACCACUUUUCUUAGCCAUCCACAUUCCUGUCGAGGAUGGGACGUGGCAACAUGGGCCCGAGUACAUCUUCGCCGUUAACAUGAAUAUGACGAGGACACCGCGAUGUCCAGAGUACGAUCCGUCGUGCGGCGAGCCGUCCGGUUCUCGCAUCAAGUCCCGGCUGCAUUGCUACCCGACGAAGGAUAACAGCCUAGUCUGCAGCCUCAGGCAAGUCGAGGGCUACGAUAUCGGCGUGAGCGAGGAGGACGGGCACAUCGUGAACCGGCGGAAGACCGUCACCGACGCGCCCAUCGAGCUCCUCUACGACGACGAGGGCAUCGAGCGCGUGAUCGCGAGCCUGCAGACGAAGCCCUACGAUCUCAACAUCCUGAAGACCGUGGCCGAGCAGCUGCACACCGGCGACGACUUCGACGACAUCGGACACGGCACGUUCCUGGGCACCGCGCGAUCCACCAUAGGCAAGUGCAACGUCAGCUUCGCCGUUCAACGUCGUCCCUCGAUCGGCAACGCGGUGAGAGGUCGUCGCGGCUUUCUGCUGCAGCCGCUACCGGAAGGCUUGCGUUUGGGACACGGCGAGACGAUUGUCAUCGACAAGAUCGUGCAUCUCGACAACUGCAGCUGCUACGCCGAGAAUUACUAUCGCAGAUACAGCGACAGGGUCGUCUGCGAAGACGGACAAGCGGAUCUGGAACGUAUGACUAGUCGCAUGGAAAUCAGUGUCACGAGUUUCGCUUCGUCUACGACAAGGACAGGAACGGUGGAUUCGGAUGAUAGGACGUAUGAUGUGACGGAGGUGACGCAGGUAAUCUUGGAGGAUAUUCAACCUGCCGCGAGAGACCUGCCUGUGAUCGAGAAACCAGGCCAAACGCUGAUAGAAGCCAAUUACGCGAUAACUAAAAUGUAACAAAAAAAAUUUUCUUUGAUUAAUAAUAAGAAUAAUUACGAAAUAUGUGAAUAUGUUAAUUCAUUCCAAAGUAAAUCGCAGUGAAAGUUGCAAUGUGUAGAAUCGUGAAAAUAUAUCUAAAAAUAUAUACACAAAUUAAUGUAAUGUACAAUGUAUUACACGUAUUACAUACAAUAAAGCGACAAAAAAUUAA